CACAACUACGUGACUCCUCUUUGAUACUCAUCCAAGCACACUAACAUAAUUAAGACUUAUUCAACAGGAAGAGUUAUAUAUUAUUAUUAUUAUUAUAUAAACAUGGAACCCACUUGGAAUGAUGCCAUUGUGAAUGUUAGUAAUUCUUCUGAUCCAAUCAUGUCGUUUAGAGGGACACCGCUUGUCAUGGAUGAGCUUGAUUUCUUUGCUCAGAAGAGAAAAGUGAGUGCAAAUGAUGAUGAUCAUCAAAGAGUGGAAGACCUUCAUGUUGAUACUAGCUUAGAUCUUCUUACGAAGAAUGAUACCGAUGUCAAUAAUAGAUCAACGGAGGAAGAUGCGGCAUUGGAAACUAUGGAUGAUAAGAGCAACGAGUUUAUAGCUUUGUUAACUGAAUUGGACCAAAUGAAUGCUGAGAAUCAACGCUUAAGAGAGUUGGUUGAUCAGGUGAACAAUAACUGCAACACCCUACGCAUGCAACUUGUCAAGCUAACACAGAAGCAUCAUAGCCAUGGGAAUAACGGAGUGAUAGGGGAAAAAGAAGAUAUGGUUCCAAGGUCAUUUUUAGACAUUGGUGUUGCUGAGAAGGAUGAGCCUAAUUCCCAGCAAUCUUCUGAGGGAAAACUGAGAGAAAGCAAAAGCAUGGUUGAGUUAGGACAUGGCAAAGAUAUUGCUGUUUUGGAGGCAUAUAAGUUGGAUUCUACUGCUGGAAGGGAAAGUACAAAAGCUAGAAUGGAAGGGAGGCAGAUAAGUACUGAACAAGAAUUCUCUAACAAAGUUCCUAGAUUGGAUCCAGCUUCAGAAACCAUGUCAAUGAUCAAGAAAGCUCGUGUGUCAGUUCGAGCAAAAUCAUAUUCUUCAAUGAUUGCAGAUGGAUGCCAAUGGAGAAAGUAUGGGCAGAAGAUGGCGAAAGGGAAUCCUUGGCCAAGAGCCUAUUAUCGUUGCACAAUGAGUACUGGUUGUCCAGUGCGGAAACAGGUACAAAGGUGUGCUGAAGACAGAAGUGUGCUGAUCACAACAUAUGAAGGGCAGCAUAACCAUCCACUCCCUCCCACAACAUCUGUAGCUGCCUCAAUGCCAAGCAUAUUAGAAAGUGCUUCACUUCCAUGCUCUCGGAACAUGGCAACUCUCUCUGCCUCAGCCCCAUUUCCCACCAUCACAUUGGACCUCACUCAAAAUGCAACCAAUUCCUCACAGCUACAAAGGGAAUUACCACUGGGCCAACUUGGCCUCCUAUCCCCACUUUUGGCUCAUAAGUUCAUGUCAGUCCCUAAAAUAUUUGGACAGGGAAUGGACACAAAUUCAUCGUUUGCUAACAUAUUAAAUGCAGCCACUGCAGACCCCAAUUUCACUGCAGCUCUUGUGGCAGCUAUAACAUCUGUCAUGGGAACUUCACAUUCAAACACCAAUGCCACCAAUAGUACAAGUGGAGAUGAGUAGUGCAAUAUAAUAAUGCAUAAGGCUUCUGUUAUUGGUGUCAUUUCCUUAAUUUUGCAAAUUUAUUUUGUUUUGAUCGUUUUCAUAUUCAAGAUAGGUAUAGAGAUUUUUGUUCUUACGAAUUUGUUUGGCACAAAGACGUUCACCAUUAUUUUC